AUGGCGCUUUCUCAGCCUAGCCCGGGGCCCCAGGCCGUUCCUGUAACGAACGUAAUCUCUCCUUAUCAGCACUUUCCGGGUUCGUCGCCGGAUCAGUAUCCGUCGCUCUUCCAGCAGUACCAGCCGUGGAACAGCCACGCGGGGGGGCCGUUCGGAAUGCCGCCGCUGCUCCCUGGCGCUCCGCAACAGUUCCCCCCCGCCUCCCCGCAACAGUAUUCCCCCGCCCCCCCGCAGUUCCCCCCCGCUUCCCCCCAACAGUUCGCCCCGCCGUCCCCGCAGUUUCCGCCCGGGUCCGCGCAGCAGUUCCCACCGGCGUCCCCGCAUCAAUUCCCCCCAGCAUCUCCGCAGUUCCCCCAAGGCUCCGCGCAGCAGUUUCCGCCGCAACAGUUUCCCCCGCAGCAGUUUCCGCCGCAGCAGAUGUUUGGAAUGGGGUUUGCGCGCGGACCGCCGGGACAGUUUCCCCCUUCCCCCAAUUUCUCCCCGCCAACCAUGUCCGCGCAAAACGUCCCCCCCGGUCUGGGCGCGCAAGCCAUGAGCCCGCUGAUGGGUCCGCCAUCCGACGGUCAGCAGCAGGGUGACGUGGCGGCUUCUGGUGGUGCCACGUCAGCAAGGAACGGGCAGUUGUCUCCGAAUGGGAGACAGCAGGGGAUGGAGGGACGGCAGAAUCAGCAGCAGCAGGGGCAGAUGAAGGUGUGUUGUGGUGGUAACCAGUGGUUGCGAGUUGGUGGUAACCAGUGGUUGCGAGUUGGUGGUAACCAGUGGUUGCGAGUUGGUGGUAACCAGUGGUUGCGAGUUGGUGGUAACCAGUAG